GGAACAACAGCGUGUCAGUGACAGUAGGCAACAGCUCUGUGCUCACCUGCCCUUCCAAACCAAGUGUAAUGAUGGUAACGUGGAAAAUAAGCCCCAAGGUUGGAGGCCGCUGCACCUUGGGGUACAGGGCUGAUACGAACGAGACCAACAGAACAAACUGCAGUGACAGCAUGAACUGGAAACUCACACCAGAGCGCGAUCCUGCCCUUGAGAUACGGCAAGUGGGAAUAGCCCAUGAAGGAAAUUACACCUGUGAAGUAGUAGCAACAGAAGGGAACUUCCACAAGACGUACAACCUGAUCGUGCUAG